UCGCUUACGGGGAUUUACAACUCUGGGAGGAAAUGUAAAUGAUGUUGUCGUGUUUUACACGAAUGCAUUGUGAUUAACAAUGUCGACUGUAAUAGUUCUUCUGAAGUGAACGGUUUAGCUUCAUGGACGUCGAUCGAUCUUCUUCCGCUUUAUUUACGAGAAGCUGGGUGAUCAUUUCUUCUCCACACCGGCCAACGCGAAGGUGUGUCCCAUGGAGUCUUCAACAGCUUUCAGCCUUCUCUGCUGAAGUCAACUCCGGCCCUUCUUUGUAAAAACACUUGCUGCUAGCAUGAGGUUGUUUCCACGGCGACGCUUCAGCCCCCUGAAACUGGCCUUGCUGGGGGUGGUCGUCUUCUUCCUCGUCAUCUUCUUUAUGCAGCAGGACGUGGGGGAAGGGACAUCCGACAGGAAGGCACGUGUGAUCGACGUGAUGAUGGACGCUAUGAACAACAUCCGAGACUCCAUGCCCAAGUUUCAGAUCCAGGCCCCAGAGCCCCGGGAGGAGCCUGAGGAGCGGGUACCACAGUGCCCCCCGGGUGAUUACUCCCCGGCUGAGCUCAAACCAGUCAUGGAAAGGCCCAUCCAAGACCCCCAGGCACCCGGCGCAGACGGCCAGGCCUUCAAAGAGGGCAAGCUGUCUGAGGAGGAACAGAAGGAGAAGGACCGCGGCAUGCAGAAGCAGUGCUUCAACCAAUUUGCCAGCGACCGUAUCUCUCUGCACCGGAGCUUAGGAGCCGACACCAGGCCUCCAGAGUGUAUUGAUCAGAAGUUCAAACGCUGCCCCCCGCUGCCCACGACGAGCGUGAUCAUUGUGUUUCACAACGAGGCCUGGUCCACCCUGCUGAGGACGGUGUACAGCGUGCUCCACACCUCCCCUGCCAUCCUGCUGAAGGAGAUCAUACUGGUGGACGACGCCAGCACUGACGAGCAUUUGCGGACGCAGCUGGAGGAAUACGUGAAGCAGCUGCAGAUUGUGAGGGUGGUCAGGCAGCUGGAGAGGAAGGGGUUAAUCACAGCCAGGCUGCUAGGAGCCAAGGAGGCCACAGGAGAGGUGCUGACCUUCCUGGACUCGCAUUGCGAAUGCUUCUAUGGCUGGUUGGAGCCCUUGCUGGCUCGCAUCGCGGAGGACCGCACGGCCGUGGUGAGCCCGGACAUCCCCAGCAUCAACCUCGACACCUUCGAGUUCUCCAAACCAGCGCGCCACCCCCAGCAACACAACCGUGGCAACUUCGACUGGAGCCUGUCCUUCGGCUGGGAGGCCGUGCCACAGCACGCGAAGGAACGACGCAAAGACGAGACCGACCCCAUCAAGACCCCCACAUUUGCCGGAGGUCUGUUUUCCAUCUCCAAGUCGUACUUCGAACACAUCGGGAGCUAUGAUGACCAGAUGGAGAUCUGGGGCGGAGAGAACGUUGAAAUGUCUUUCAGGGUGUGGCAGUGCGGGGGUCAGCUGGAGAUCAUUCCCUGCUCUGUGGUGGGACAUGUCUUCAGAACCAGGAGCCCCCACAGCUUCCCCAAGGGCACCCAGGUGAUCACCAGGAACCAGGUGCGGCUGGCCGAGGUGUGGAUGGACGGCUACAAGGAGGUCUUCUAUCGACGGAACCAGAAUGCAGCCGCCAUGGCCAGAGAGCACACGUACGGAGAUAUCUCCGCGCGACUGAGGCUAAGGGAGGACUUGAAGUGCAAGAACUUCACCUGGUACCUGGAGAACGUUUACCCAGAGGCCUUCGUCCCCGACCUCACUCCAGUGCUGUAUGGAGCGCUUAAAAACAAGGGGAUGGAAAAGUGCCUGGAUGUUGGAGAGAGCAACCAGGGAGGGAAGCCACUGAUCAUGUACCCCUGCCAUGGAAUGGGAGGAAACCAGUACUUUGAAUACACCUCUCACAAGGAGCUGCGUCACAACAUUGGGAAGCAGCUGUGCCUGCAUGGCACCAGGGGGCCGGUGAAGAUCGAAGAGUGCAGGCUGAAAGGAAGGGGCACCAGCGUGGUGGGCGAGCAGAUCUGGGAGUUCACGAGCGAUAAUCUCUUAAAGAAUCCGACGUCAGGAACGUGCUUGACUGCUAAGGACGGGAAACCCGCUCUGGGCUCGUGUGACCCAGCAGACCCACUCCAGAACUGGUCUUUCAGCUGAGAAUCCUGCAGGAGCGACCCAACAAGACUGGGGACGAACUGGCCUGAAGAGGUCAGAGGGGUGAGCCCCUAGUUUUCAGGACUCUGCAUUGGAGAGCUACUGCCAGCGAGCGACACCAGGGCGGACAAUGGUCGUCGUGGAUACAAAUGAAAGAUUGCCCUGUUUUGCACUGGGCCAUAGUGAUUUACAGUGUAUCGUCCUGCUGGUCCUCAGCAAAUUAUCUGCAAAACUUCGACUGGAUUGUGCCUUUAGGCCAUCAACUGUUUCAAUUGCCUUUUCUUUAAGACUUUCUGCAAGGACCUUGCAAUCUGGCUUUCUGGUGCCUGGGUGUCUAAUGCUUUUAACUCCUUCAUCUCGGCUGUGAAUCGGAAACGGUCCUGUGGAACACAACACACACUGGUUUCUCAACAACAGCCAAGACUUCUAUCCUUCAUUUAAAAAAAAAGCUGCAAGAGGUUUUGAAGACAUUGUAUUGCAGUUUGAUUUUUGGGACAGAUAGUUGUAGGUUAGCGUGUCCCCCCCCCCCAAAGGUCUCUGAUCCUGUGUGUCUCCAUCUAAUCAAAAAAAGAUUGAAUGAAUGAGGUAUUUAUAAUAAAUGACUGCAAUCGAUUUUUUGGUGAUGUCUGUUCUGCUUCUGCUCUAAAAUAUUUUAUAUAUAGUCAAACCAUCUGAAUACCAGUCCUGUUAAUGUUACUCUCCUCUCAUCACAUUGACAUGCCCAGCCUGAAUAAUGUCAAUGGGGACAAGCCCCUGACAGAAUCACAUUGGUUAUUAGAACACUACUACACCUGAUUUCCCACCCACUUAUCACCACAUUGGACAGCAGAAUUAAAUCCCUGUACUGAAAUGCAAAGUAGAGUAGCAUAUUAUAGCAAGCACCACACUACCACCUUUAACUGUACAAUAGUGUAGUAGACUGGUGCAUUGAAAAGAAAUGCAAUUAAAAGAACGCUGCUGUACUUGAUACGAAAGUGUUUUUGUGUUCAUAGGAACAGUAGUUUGUUUGAACAUUUUAAUUUUGAGGAUUGGUUUGCACAGCUGUACCUGCACUCUUAUUACAGGGGUAGAGCAGCAGUAGUAAUUGUGUACAGCCGGUAGUUAU